AUGAACGAGAACUCGCCGCUGCUGCAUAGCCGCUCAAAUUCCCAACGAAUUGACCGCACUACGCUGCGUCGCGUGCUUUAUGUGGUUGUGCCUCUAGUGGUCGUGGCUAUCGUGACAAUUGGAAUUCUGAUCAGCAGUAACAAAUCUUCAGGUGGAUCGAAUGUCGCUCCCACAGCCGCUGACGAACCAACCGCCGCGCCCACUGUUGUCGGUCUAUCGGACGCCGAGCUGUUGACCAUGCAACCGCAUUUUGAGGAGAAAAUGCACCCAGUCCCACCGAAGCUCGUAAAGCGCAGUGACUUCAAUCGAUCGCUGCCGACUAAUGAGUUCUGGUCAAAUCUCAUGGCUGCCGAUGGGCACGGCCUCAACGCAGGGGCUGGCGAAAUUACGCUCAGUCCGUAUACCAUCCGAAGUCUGCCUAAACGAUUCGAAAUCUCUUAUGGAGACUCUCGGCGCGUGGCUACUAAAUCUGCUAUCACGGAGUACUUUAACGUCGAUGUCAGUUUUUCAGCUUACAGCCACAAAGUGGUGAAUACCAGUUCUUCCGACUCACUUCUGCUUGGUGAUGGUAAUAGCACAUCCAGAACCGUCUUAAGCUUUGACGUCUUAUCCGUUUUGCUUCAAUAUUCUUAUGAAGACGACAAUCAGUAUAUGAGAAUUCCGAUGGUAAGAGGAUCGCCAUACAUCACAGUGGAAUACCAGAAUGUCUUACCAGUACUCGAGUUCAACGCUUCGAUUUUAUCUAUCAAUGGUGAACGAGUGAAGCUAAACGAUAAACAGAGUCCAAAACGUAUGCUGCAGACGUGGACUAGCAAGCGAUUCGAGCUCGAAAUUGAAGUUUAUGGCGCGGGUGAAAGCGCACGUGGUACCGGCAAAUGUCUUCAAAGAUGGAUUUUGUACUUUGAAAAGAUUAGGACACUCCAGCUACAGUUUUCUGAUGAAUUGGAUUAUCGUCCGUACAAUUGUCGGGGAGAACUGACGACGCCGACCAACAUUCGUUUGGUCGACACGGACUUUUACUCUGGAGUAGCUCGUUUGGCGAUUGUUCCACAGAAAAGUGCGGUGGAAGUUCUAGACAGUUCUGCAUCGAUAUAUCCAGUAAGCUCAGCGAUUACGACGGACGUGAACGAAACUUCUGCCACCUUCUCGUUUUGCUGGAAGACAAAACAAUUUCCCGACUCGUCACCGGCCACGAAGCUACUGAUGAUGGCAAAUCCACACCAUGUUGCGACAUUACAAACAGAAAGCAAGCUAUUUCAAGUGCUUGGAUCGUUGGGACAUCGAACGUUGAAAUCGAAUAUGACAGCGGUGGUCGGUAGUUGCUGGGAAAUGCAGGAAGUUCUACCAGCCGUCCAUUUUCAAGAAAGAAACGUAUCGAUCUCUCCACAACAAAUCGAAGCAAUCAAAUUUUCGCUUGCUAACGACUCCAACUACACGCCAGAAGCUGAUGACCCGUACUUUUUUGGAAAGGAGAUUGCCCGCCAAGCUCGUUUAGUACUUAUAGCCGAUCAACUUGAUGAACACAAACUUCGUGAUAACAUCCUGAAUCGAUUAGAGAAAUGGGUAACUCCAUGGAUGCUCGGCCAGAAUAGUGAUCACUUUGUGUACGACCGCAGCUGGGGUGGUUUGUGUUCACUUAACGGACUAAAGGGCGUUUUCUGGAUGACGGACUUUGGCAACGGCUGGUAUAAUGACCACCACUUUCACUAUGGAUAUAUGUUGUACGCCCUCGCAGUAAUAGCUAAAUAUCACCCGGAUUUUGCCGAAAAGCACAAGGCAGUUGUCGUGUCAAUUGUUCGUGAUAUUGCUAGUCCCGACCAAAAUGAUACGUAUUUCCCGUUCACUCGCCACUUUUCAUGGUUUGAUGGCCACUCGUUUGCCAGUGGCAUCUACACUCUGGAUGGUGGCAAGUCACAAGAGAGUGUGAGUGAAGCGAUCAAUGCCUACUAUGGCGUGUAUUUGGUUGGCAAAACAUUUCAUGUCCCGCAGAUAGAACACAUGGGCCAUCUUUUGCUGACUCUUGAGAUUCGUGGUGCUCAGACAUACUGGCAGAUGCCAUCGAAGUCAAACAUUUACGAGCCAAUCUAUGCUGCCAACAAGAUGACGGGUCAAGUAGCUGCUACAAAAGUUUCAUACACGACAUGGUUUGGUCCACAGAUAGAGCACAUGCACUUGAUUAACAUGAUCCCAUUCACGCCUAUCACGGACAUGUUUAUCAAACCUACUUACGUCCAGGAGGAGUAUCCCCUUUUACAGCAGCAGGCCUUCGACCGCGUCCAGGACCCAAUUAAUGACCUCUGGAAAGGCUACGCGUAUCUGGACUUGGCCAUUAUCAACCCUCUUGAUGCCUGGUUUAAAGUCCAGAACUUGACUUUUUUUGACGACGGAAACUCGCGCACAAAUUCACUGUAUUGGAUCGCCACGCGACCGACGAAUUGA